AGAAUAAUAGUCGCGCAACUUGAAGAGGACGGGCUGCUGGAACACAUCGAGCCGUAUCGUCAUUCGGUGGGGCACUGCGACAGGUGCGACAAUGUUGUCGAGCCGAUUAUCACGAACCAGUGGUAUGUGAAGAUGGAACCACUGGCUAAGCCGGCGCGUGACGCCGUGGCAAGCGGCGAAACGCGGAUAAUUCCUGAGCGGUUUGCCAGAGUCUAUUUCAACUGGAUGGACAAUAUCCGCGACUGGUGCAUCAGCCGCCAACUGUGGUGGGGACAUCGCAUACCCGUAUGGUACUGCGACGACUGCGAUGAGGUGAUAGUGGAGCUUGAUGACCCGACAAUUUGCGACGCGUGCGGGUCUAGCGCGCUGAGACAGGACGAGGAUGUGCUGGACACAUGGUUUAGCUCGGGACUGUGGACGCACUCGACGCUCGGUUGGCCGAAUGACAGCGAGGACCUGGAUUACUUCUACCCGACUAGCGUGAUGGAGACGGGCUACGACAUCAUUUUCUUCUGGGUGGCGCGGAUGAUGAUGAUGGGCAUCGAAAAUAUGGGCGCGUCGCCGUUCCAUACCGUCUAUUUGCAUGGGCUUGUACUCGACCCUGAAGGCGUGAAGAUGAGCAAGACGCGGGGUAACGUGCUUGACCCGCUUCAGCUAAUCGACAUAUACGGAGCGGAUGCGCUGAGGUUUGCGCUGACAAUUGGGAACUCGCCGGGCAACGACCAGCGUCUCAACGAGCAGAAGCUGGAGGCGAGCCGAAACUUCGCCAACAAGCUGUGGAAUGCCGCGCGCUUCGUCAUGGGCAACCUGGAAGGCGCUGGUGCGGCGCUUGACGGCUGGCAUAGUCCCGAUCUGCCCACACACAGGCAAGACCGCUGGAUAAUGAGUCGUCUGAAUCGCUUGACGGAGCAGGUCGAACAGUUCAUGCAAGACUACCAGUUCGGCGAAGCGCAGCGGGCGAUUCACGAUUUCUUCUGGCAUGAGUAUGCGGACUGGUACAUUGAGAUGGCGAAAAUUCGGCUGCGGUCCGAUGGCGAUGACGAGGAGUCGCCGUUGCCGUAUCUCGCUUAUGUGCUCGAGCGCGUGCUGCGGAUGCUGCACCCAUUCAUGCCGUUCGUGACCGAGGAGAUAUGGCAGGCUCUGAAGGAUGCGCCCGACGCCCUGAUUGUAGCGGAGUAUCCGGAUGCGAACGCGGAUUUCUACGACGAAGAGGCCGAGGACGACAUUUCCCUGGUAAUGGAGACCGUGCGCUCGAUACGAAACUUGCGUGCUGAGUUUCGCAUACAGCAACAUCAGCGCAUCGAGGCGGUGCUGGAUCUGCCACAGGACGGCGCGGUCGCGGAGGCAGAGGCGGACGUAAUUAAGAUGCUGGCGCGUGUGGAGCCGUUGAAGUUCGGCGCCGAGAGCAACGGUGCUAUAUCGAAUGACAGCGUUUCGCUGGUGCUGUCGAAGGGUGUGGUUACGAUCCCACUGGGCGGACUGGUGGACUUGGACAAGGAACGCGAACGUCUUCGCAGCGAGAUCGCGGACAUCGAGCUCAACAGGGAUCGGCUUGCCGUGCGCCUGAGUGAUGAGCGGUUCUUGUCAAGAGCACCCGACGAGGUGGUAGAGCGCGAACGUGAACGGCUGGAGAGCAUCGAAGAGCGUAAGGGCAGGGCGGAGGAUAUUCUGGCAAGGCUAGGGUGGGUAGGGCGCGCCCGCGCUUAG